AUUAUUUCAAGCUUCAAUAUCUAUCAUUAAGUUCGAACAAUAAGGAAGGUGUGAAUAGUUUAACGAGGCGUUUAUGUCUUAUUCGGUUUAUUGUAAACAAAAAUCAUUAAAAGUUUAAAUGCCAUCAAUAAAUUAACAAAAUGACACAAGAAACAAUAAUAGAACUGGAUAAUCACUUGGUAAAAUGUCGAUGUUGCUUACGGGAGUUUCACGAUGAAGACAUACAGAUUAAAAUCACAAGAAUUGUUGAGGAACGGUUUCAAAGCUUGACUCAAAUGGAACUAAGAUCAACAGAAACUUAUUCGCAUGUCAUUUGCGAGAGCUGCAACAGUGAUCUCAGAAAUUUCUCAUCCAUCAAAAAGGACUUGGUUUUUAAACAAAUGUCAUUAAUUCAGUUUGUUGAAGGAAUUGAGGAAGUACAAACAGAACAGCUAGAUACAUCAUAUUCUGAUAAUAAUAUUAAGGAUGAGACAUUAAAUGACAGUGCACAGAUAAAAACAGAACACUACGAGGAAGCAGAGACUGAAGAUUUCGCCAAUUUUGUGUCUCCCGAAUAUCUUGAAAACAUCCAGGAAAUUGAAAACGACCAAACAAGAGAGUAUGAUCAAUUUUGUUCACUGGAUCUCGAUAAUUCCUUUUCGUCCAAAGAUGUCAGCAAAACCAAGAAGUUCUACAAGCGCGCACUUUGCGGACUUUGUGGCAACAGUUAUUACAAGGAUCAACUUCAGCGACACAUUGAUAAAGUUCAUUACAAAGUUAAGAGAUUCUUUUGUGACAUCUGCGGAUUCGGAUCAUUUUUAAAGUGCAAUUUAAACACUCACAUGGCGAAGCAUGUAGCUAAAGAAUUUCGGGAACAGAUACGAUGUGAUUUUUGUGAUGCAACAUUUACACGACACGAGAGCCUUAAAAAUCAUAUUAAGACAGAACAUGAAACUCCAGUAAUGCUUAAAUGCUUCUGUGGCAAAGAAUUCAAUUUACGCCAUAAACUUACUACACAUAUAAAGAGAACACAUAAUAAUGUCCGGGAUCAUGCUUGCAAAUUCUGUGAGAAGAAGUUCUUUACGCCAAAAGAAUUAAAAGUUCAUAUCUUAAAAGUUCAUACGCCUGGAUACAUUGACAAAACUGAACAUUUUUGUGAGAUUUGUGGGAAAAAAUAUUCAAGUACGAAAAGCUUAAGAACUCAUAUGAAGCACCAUCAAGAACCAGAAUUCAAGUGUGAAAUUGAUGGAUGCAAUAAAGGAUUUAUUACAAAAUUACUGCUAGCAAAUCAUCAGAAGAUUCAUACAGGACAGCGAGAUUUUAUGUGUCAUCUGUGUGAGAAGAGCUUCUAUUCAGCUAAUCAUCUUAGAAGACACAUAGCUGUUUCGCAUGAUAAAGUUCGAAUAAAUUGUUUUGUUGAAGGCUGCAAAUUUGCUGUUGGUCGAAAAGAUUAUUUAAGAAAUCACAUUUUAACUCAUCGAGAACUGCCAGAAGACACUAAAAAGGCUUUGUUACUUAAAUCUUCACUGGUGGAAGGAUGUCGACUUCCAGUGAAAAUGUCAGGCACAGAAGAGUGGCCAUUAGCAGAGAUUAUUAGUGUUAGAGAGGAAGAAGGAGCAUUAACAUAUUAUGUUCAUUAUGUAGACUUUAAUAAAAGAUUGGAUGAGUGGGUAAGAGAAGAAGAUUUAGAUACAAGGAAGGUACAAUUUCCACGAAAGGAUGGAUUAACGACUGGCCAAAAUACAACAGGUGUUUCAACGCCUAAACGAUUGAUCUCCACAUCUCGCCCACCUAGUCCUAUUCACCAAGAUGUUCAAGUUAAUGGAAAUACAGUGCUAGCAGCAGCAUUACAGAAAAAGUUCAAUAGAAAACGUAAAGCUCCUUCAUUAUCAGCAACUGCCCCGCCAACCCCGACCCCAAUUCCAAUUUCAACACCAAUCACACCAAUUACACCAGCACCAAUAGAUGAUGAUUCUCAAGACAUUCCAGCUGCUGAAAAGACACCAAGACAGUCAGGAAGUAUGGUAACACAUCAUGACGAUGUCGUGACUCGUAUGAAGAAUGUUCAGUUGAUUGAAUUAGGGAAGCAUCGGAUUAAACCAUGGUAUUUUUCACCAUAUCCUCAAGAAUUGUGCACCUUAGAUUGUAUUUUUAUUUGUGAAUUUUGUCUGAAAUAUCGAAAAAGCAGGAAGUGCUUAGAACGUCAUUUAACAAAAUGUAAUUUAAGAAAUCCACCGGGUAACGAAAUAUAUCGAAAAGGAACAAUUUCAUUCUUCGAAAUUGACGGCAGAAAGAAUAAGUGUUAUGCUCAGAAUUUAUGUCUUUUAGCCAAAUUAUUUCUGGAUCAUAAAACUCUUUAUUAUGACACAGAUCCAUUUUUAUUUUAUAUUAUGACUGAAUUUGAUAAUCGUGGAUUCCACAUAGUCGGUUAUUUCUCAAAGGAAAAGGAAAGCACAGAGGAUUACAAUGUUGCUUGCAUUCUCACAUUACCACCGUAUCAACGUAAAGGAUAUGGCAAAAUGCUCAUUGAAUUUAGCUAUGAAUUAUCGAAAUUUGAGGGAAAAUGUGGCUCGCCUGAAAAGCCAUUGUCGGAUUUGGGUCUUUUGUCAUAUCGCAGUUAUUGGGCACAUACAGUCUUAGAAAUUCUUUUACAACAAGGGAAUAAUGGCGAUAGUGAUGAAAGGCCUCAAAUAACUAUAAAUGAAAUAUGUGAAAUGACAAGCAUAAAAAGGGACGAUGUCAUCUCUACAUUGCGUACCUUAAAUCUCUUAAAUUAUUACAAGCAUGGCCAAUAUAUAAUUUGUAUUAAUAAGGACACAAUUGAUCAACAUAGGAAGGCAAUGGAGAAACGAAUGCUACGUGUCGACGCAAAAUGUCUUCACUGGACGCCUAAAGAUUGGAGCAAAAAGCCUCGAUAUUAAACUAUCUCUUUUAAGAUCUUUGAUUUUCUACAAGUUCCGUCUUAAACAAUUCUUCUUGACUUUUGAAAACAUUUUUAAUUUACUGAAUCAUCUGUACAUAAAUAAAAUAAUUAAGAAAUAUGAUUGAGAACUGAUCUUACUUAA